GAGCGCGAGACGGUGCGAUUGUUUAAUAACGCCAAGGCGAGCGUCGUGUACAUCACCAAUGUCGCCGUGCGCAGAGAUGCGUUCACGUUGAAUCUCACGGAACAGCCGCAAGGGGCGGGGAGCGGCAUCGUCUGGGACGACAAGGGGCACAUCGUCACCAACUACCACGUCAUCGACAAGGCGAAUCAGUUGAAGGUGUCGUUUUUGCCGAAUAAAGGCGGGGUGCAGAAUCAGAAGACGUACGACGCCGCAAUCGUUGGGUUCGACGACGAUAAGGACAUCGCCGUGCUGCAGGUGAACGACCCAGAGGCGCUGCGGGAGAUGAAACCGCUCGUCAUCGGAACGAGCGGAGACUCCAUGGUGGGCCAGCGUGUCUUCGCGAUCGGGAACCCGUUUGGGCUCGAUCACACGCUCACAACCGGCAUCAUCAGCGGCCUCGGACGAGAGAUUCAAAGCGGUAACACCGGGCGCCCAAUCGACGGCAUCAUUCAAACGGACGCGGCGAUCAAUCCCGGCAACUCGGGGGGCCCUUUGUUGAAUUCGUCGGGACAGCUCAUCGGCAUCAACACCGCGAUUUAUUCCGCGUCCGGGACGUCCAGCGGCGUGGGAUUCGCCCUCCCGAGCGACAUGGUGAGCGGUAUCGUCGAUCAAAUCAUUCGUUACGGUCGCGUGACGCGUCCGAUUCUCGGCGUCUCCUUCGCCCCCGACGGCGCGCUCGACCAGCUCGGCCUCGGCGGCGUGUUGGUGCUCGACGCUCGCGCGGGCGGUCCCGCCGCGCGCGCCGGCGUCCGCAGCACCACGCGCGACGAAUCCGGCCGUCUCAUCCUCGGCGACAUCAUCAUCGAGCUCGCGGGCGAGCAAAUUCAAGACUCCAGCGAUUUAUACCGCACCCUCGACAAGCUCUCCGUCGGCGAAACCGUCGACGUGACGCUCUUGCGAGGCGUCGACAAAGUCUCCGCCCGCGUCACCCUCGACGACGUCAAGGAC